CUUGCUGCUCUUGCUGCUGCUUCAGAGGGAAAAGGGGAGCAGCUGUUGGGCAAGACCGAGAAGAUCUAGGGUGGUUGUUUUUUUUUUUUCCGAUCUCCUUAUGUAGUCAUAUGCGGGGUGGAUUCUUUUUCUCUCACCUCCUCCCUGCUCCUUCAAACUGUUUUGUCCUUCCGCAGAAGUUGAUGUUCACGGGACUGGACGCUGCUUUAUCACAGAGAGGCUCCGGGAGGCUGAAUCAGGAAAUUUCCGCAUCUCGCCGUAUCGCUUCAUUCGAGCAGGAGAGGCCAGCCAACACCAGCAUCAUCAGAGGAGUUUGCGGGCUUGAUUUUGCACUUCUCCGAGAUUUUGCUUUUCUCCACGCCCUCUCAUAGAACAAUUUUUUUACUUUCAUCUCCUUGGUUUCCACGCCGCUAUAUAUUUCUUGGAUUGGCCGGGGUUUUCUUCCUGCCCCCCGCCUUUUUUUUUUCUUUUUUUUUUUUUUUUUCUUCCUUCGGUGUUGCUCAGUCCUUGGUGCAUCCACCACCCAGGAACAGGAAGGGCAAGAAAACCAUUCCACAAAGUCUCCUUCAAGACACUCCGUGCUGCAGAACAGGCUUCUCAACUCCAUCGGCGCAGCAGGCAAACUCCUCAGGGCUUUUGCUUCUUCCCCCCUCUUCCCCUCCCCCAUCUCCCUUUUUCUUUUUUUUCUUUUUUUUUUUUUUUUCCUGUGUUUGUUUGUUACUCAUUUGCGGGGAGCGGAGAGCGAGAAAGGAAGACACAAACUUUGUACUUUGAGAUCUGCGGCUACUUCUCCUCCCGCUCCCAGCCGGCGGCCUUUAAUAUAUUGCCAGGACCUCCCGUGGGCUUCCAGGGGAAAGGUCUCCUUCCCCUCCUCCUCCCCGCUCUUUUCCCCCGUCUCCCGCUCGCUCUUUCGCUCCUUCCAUCCCCGCGCACUCCGGCCGUCAGCGCCGCCGGGGCCGCUCUCAGGGGGCGGAGGAAAGCGCUGCUCUCGCCCGCCCGCCGCGCCGGCGGGCCGGUGUAUGUCGUGCCGUGGGCUCUGCGCGGGACUCCCGGUGAAUGAGCACCGCCCGCCGCUUGCCGCCGCCACCGGUCUCGGCCCCCACCACCCCCUGCCGGGGUGAGGCUUCCUGAGGGGCCGAGGAUCGCCCUCCCCGCCUGCUGCUCGUCUGCGGCGCCAGGCGCGCUCCGCUCGCUGCGGCGCGGCACUCCGCGGAGCCCACCGCCUGCGCGCUUCGCUUUUUAUUAAUUCACCCCACAGCUCCCGCGCCCCGGCUGGGUUCCGCCUCCUUCUUCCCCGUUCGUGGUUUUUUUUUUUUCCCCGUUAAUAUUUUCUUUUGUUUAUUUUUUUUGGUGAUUCUUUUGUUUGUUUGUUUUUGUGUUUUUUUGGGUUUUCCCCCCCCCUCCCCCCCCGUUUCCCUUUUCUUUAUUUUUCCCUCAUCCCACCUCGCCGUGCCGCCGGCCGGGCGCGAUGCCGCACGUGGAGAUGCUGCUGCUGGCGGCCGCGGCGCUGUGGGUGUGCGUGCGCGGGCAGGAGCCCGGCGCCAAGGCGGUGGCCGACCGCUACGCCGUCUACUGGAACAGCUCCAACCCCAGAUUCCAGCGAGGUGACUACCACAUCGAUGUCUGCAUCAAUGACUACCUGGAUGUGUUCUGCCCUCACUAUGAAGAUUCGGUGCCAGAAGAUAAGACUGAACGCUAUGUUCUGUACAUGGUGAACUUUGAUGGCUACAGCUCCUGUGAUCACACUUCCAAAGGGUUCAAGAGGUGGGAGUGUAAUCGACCGCAUUCCCCAAAUGGACCAUUGAAGUUCUCGGAAAAGUUCCAGCUCUUCACGCCCUUCUCGCUGGGAUUUGAGUUCAGGCCAGGCCGGGAGUAUUUCUACAUCUCUUCUGCAAUCCCAGAUAAUGGAAGGAGAUCCUGCCUAAAGCUUAAGGUGUUUGUGCGACCAGCAAACAGCUGUAUGAAAACUAUAGGUGUUCAUGAUCGUGUUUUCGAUGUUAACGACAAAGUAGAAAAUUCAUUAGAACCAGCAGAUGAUACUGUACAUGAGUCAGCCGAGCCAUCCCGUGGUGAGAACGCGGCACAGACACCAAGGAUACCCAGCCGACUUUUGGCAACUCUGUUGUUCCUCCUGGCAAUGCUUUUGAUAUUAUAG